UCAGAGAGGAACCGCCUCAUGGAGAAGUAAUAAUAAGUCUGCCCUUUCGUUUUCAGCGUCUUGUAAAAUUCCUUCUUCUCCUUCUUCAUCUCCUGUCCUGUAAUCCCACAGGGGAUACAGCGAAGACGCCGAUUCCCCAUCUUCUUCGAUAGAUACGCAAUAACCGCUGGCGUUUUAUUGCUGUCGCCGGCUUCGGUCAAGACACAACGAUGGUGAGUCAGGUGGUGAGAAUGGAGAACGAUGACGUCAUGGGUCCGCCAUGGCUGGUUCCGAUGCUCCGAGCUGAGUACUUCUUCCCCUGCUCUGUUCACGUCAAUUCGAGCAAGAUCGAGUGCAAUUUGUUCUGCUUGGACUGUAUGGGAAAUGCCUUUUGCUCCUACUGUUUGAUUCACCACAAGGAUCAUCGCGUCGUCCAGAUUCGACGAUCUUCGUACCACAACGUGGUUCGAGUGAACGAGAUUCAGAAGUGCAUCGACAUUUCCUGCGUUCAAACGUAUAUUAUCAACAGCGCGAAGAUCUUGUUCCUGAAUGAGAGACCUCAGCCUCGUCCCGGGAAAGGCGUCACCAACAACUGCGAAAUCUGCAACCGUAGCCUCCUCGACGCCUUCCGUUUCUGCUCUCUCGGCUGCAAGCUUGGAGGGAUCAAACGUGGAGACUCGAAUCUCACAUUUGCUCUCAGAGGAAAGAGUGGCAGAAACAUGUUCUGUUUUGAAGCCGAGGCGCCGCCGGCGAAGAUCCGGAAGACGGGGAUUUUCAGCCGUUUAAUUGAUGGAGUCUCUAUCAGGGUCGAUCAUGAUCAACGGUCCACAAGCUCUGGGGACGAGACGUUCGCAAAUGUUGUGUCUCCGGGGACUCCUCCCAUUUACAGCCACCGGAGUUCCCCUCGCCGCCGGCGAAGAAAGGGUAUACCUUUCCGAGCUCCCUUCUGAAAAAAGGCGUUCUUUUCAAAAAGUGGGAAUAAAAGGGAAUUUAAAUUAAAUAUAUGAUAGAUGUUGGGAAUUUUAACAAAUAGAUAAAGGAAAUGUUGAUUAUGGAGAAGUAAGAAAAGGACAAAAGUGUGAAUAUUAGAUACAUAGAUGAUAGAACAUAAGUGUGAUUGUUCAUAUAGAUUGGGGAUAAGGUAAAGGCAGUCUUAAUUAUCAUAAUUGACAGCUUUAUCUUGUAAAUAUAUAUAUAUAUAUAUAUAUGGUGUUUCUUAUCUCUA